AUGUGGUUCAUAGCUGUGUUCUUCGCGACGUCCACAUUUGCUCAAAAUUGUGGAGUCACUCGAUACGGCAAUAUUUCCGAGAGAAUAGUCGGGGGCAGGCUUGCAUCCAGAGGAGAAUUUCCAUGGCAGAUUUCUUUGGAGCUUAAUCAUCCUCAGAAAGGAACGAUCCCGCACUUUUGCGGCGGAGUUCUCAUAGACCAGCAAUGGCUUCUAACUGCUGCACAUUGUGUUGUCAACCCGAUGUUCGUGCUCCCCCAUCCGAAUUAUUGGAAAGCUCGCGUUGGAGAGCACAAUUUAAAAGAAUAUGAAGAUAGUGAGAAAAAAAUUGAAGUCAGUCAAAUAUUUUACUACCCAUGGUACCAUGGAUACGACAAUGACAUUGCUCUGAUGAAGUUGGCCGAACCUGUACCUAGCAACUCCAACAUCAAGCCUAUUUGUCUUCCUAAAGAAUCUGACACUUUCAGUGGAAUGAUUUGCACUGCAUCUGGUUGGGGAAAGGUUGAUUUCUCAUCGCGAGCGUCUGAAGAUCUUCGAGCCGUUGGUAUCCAAGUAUUUGACAAUGAGAAUUGCAACGCGUAUACUACAAAAUUCCGAAUUCCUAUUCAAGCAUGGCAUCUAUGUGCUGGUACGAUGGAAGGAGGCAAAGGAACCUGCCAAGGUGACUCUGGUGGACCUUUAGCUUGCCAGACUUCUGAUCGUGGAUGGGUUUUAGCUGGAUUGACUUCAUUCGGAUCAGGGUGCGCAAAAAGAGGAUUCCCUGAUGUAUACACUAGAGUGUCACACUUUUUGUCGUGGAUCAAGCAAAUGAGAGGAUAUUGAUUUUAUUUUGGAAGAUGUACUGAUUUAUUUUAUUUAUUUAUUUAUUUAUUUUACUUCUAGCUUUGCUUGUGCCUUUUAUGUAAUACUGAAGUUACAGCUAGCUUUUUGCUUUCACUUCUUUCUUACUGGUGAGAAGAUUAUGUAAAUAAUAGUGCUUAUCAAUUUUAAUAAAUUGUUUUAACUUAUUCACUAAUUACUUAAUUCCGCAGUUAAGAUUCAUUAUUUUUUCGCAAGGUGGAAUAUGCGUUUAAAAAUAUUUAUCAGGUUUAUAUUUUCAAUGAAGUACUUUUUUUUAAAAAACUUUUACGCUACAUAUUUUGAUCAAUAUUGCUAAAAAUUGUAAAAGAUUAAGAAUAUGACAUUUGACUUGAUUCUAUUGAAAGUGAUAAAUUGAAACUGUUUCGUGAUUUUGGAGAAAGAGUAGAAAAGCCGAAAUGUUAAUACUGUUCUUGUGAAAGCAUUUUACUCAAUUGUGUAUGUAGUUUGCGCCUAAUGUACGUUGUAUUUGUUUAUAGUAAUUUUGAUUACG